GUGAGAUGUCGAGUCAGAUCAGUACAGUCUGCUUGUCUUGUUCUGUGGGCGAGCCGAAAGUUUGAGUCAACUUGACUUGAAGAUGGCGGCGAUGAGAAAGCAGGGCGGACCGGGUGCGUGGACGGCGGAGGGCGAGCAGUCGCCCUUCCUGCCCUUCCAGGAGCUGCACGUACGCACUCACAGACAGACAGGGAGGGGACAAACAGACGAUCCAGCAAGAGAGACCAGUCAGUCACCUUUGUUCUCUGUCUGUCUGUUCUCGUUCUGCUCUCGGUGUGUGUGUGUGUCCGCCUGUCUGUCUGCUUGGCUGUCUGGGUGUGUAUGGGUCUGCAGCAAUUCGACGCCAUCCAGAAGGAGAUAGAGGAGGACAGGAGGCGCACAGAGUGAGCAGUCCAGCAGCACACCAACGAGAACAGACAGACGUGCAGACCACUGAUGACCUUCCUUCCCUCUGUCUGUCGUGUCUGUCUGUCUGUCUGUCUGUCUGUCUGUGUGUCCCCCAGAGUUGACUGGGGCGAUGCCAUCUGCAACCAGCUGCGCAUCACGGGCCACAACCACCGCGCCUCCCUCCCCCAGCCGGCCGCCCGAGCUCCCCGUGUCGACACGUCGCCCGACGGGCAUCCCUGUGAGCGGCAGGAGCCGUCGCCGGCUGACUCUGACCAUGAGCCCGAGUCGCCCGCCAAGAGCGUCAUCCGCAUCUACAGGCACACCGAUGACGGUGGUGCCGAUGGUCACUACCUCGAGUCAGGAUGGAUGGCACACACACAUCGGCCGAUGCGAUGCGGGGAUGGAGAAGGAAGGCCAUUUAUUUGUUGUUGUGUUUGUUGGAUAUGAUUGUUUGCUGCAGGAUGGACCACUUGCCGCGUGUGCAGACGGGCAACAUUUACUGUGCCUUUAAGCAGCAGCCACAGCGGGUGCUCAUCGUCAAGCGCAUCAACUCACCAAACGUCACCAAAGUGGCCGUCGAACUCGCAAUGUGAGUCAAGCAGCACAGGGGGGGAGGGGGUGGACGAAUCGUUGAUGGGAUGGCGGAUGUGUGUGUGUAUGUAUGCGCGGCCUCUCUUCGUCAGGUUUUUGUCGGAGGAGCUCGGCCUGCAGGUGAUCGUCGAGCCCACCGCCUCGGACGAGUUCGUCUCAGCGGUACGCACACCCACAAAACGGCAAAGCACAGCAGAGCCCACCCAUAGCACUCCCCCAUGUGUGUGCGUGUGUGUCAGGGUGCGAUGAUGGUCAAGACGUGGCAUGAGGAGGAGGGUCCUCCCGAGGAGCUCGGGGGGCACAUCGACUUUGUCGUCGCACUGGGGGGCGACGGCACCAUGCUCUGGGCAUCACAUCUAAUGACCAAUGUCGUGCCGCCCGUCGUCGGAUUCUCUAUGGUACUCACGGCCAGGCCCCACAUGGAUGUGCUGUGCGUGUGAUGCAUGACAGACGCUGUGUGUGUGUGUUUGGUGUGGUGUGGUGUGGUGCAGGGAUCGUUGGGUUACUUGACUCAGUUUGAAGUGUCUGAGAUGAAGGUGGUGUUGCGGCGGAUGGUCCACUUCGGCUUCUCCAUUUGCCUCAGAUGCAGACUCAGUGAGUGAGCCAGCGACCGAGACGAGACGGGAGGGAGGGACGAUAUGGAACCACCAGAAGCAUGGCGACAUACAUAAUGCACUCACUGUGUGGUGUGGUGUGCACUGCAGAGGUGAUGCUGGUUGACUCGCAUGACGUGAUAAAGCACGAGUCCAACGCCAUCAAUGACUGCGUUGUCGAUAGAGGUAGCUGCGUCGGAUCAAGCAGUCCAGCCAUAAGGAAGGAGCUUAUGGAGUGUCGGCUCGUGUGUGUGUGUGAUGCAGGUCCUGGUUCUUUCUUGACCAACCUUGAUGUGUUCUACAAUGAAGAGUUCUUCACCACUGUCGCCGCCGAUGGGUACGUGCCAAGCCAGCCAGCCAGCCAGGCAGGCAGGAUGGAAAGACGUUGCGAUGUGUGUGGUAUUGGAUGGAUGGCCAGUUUGAUCAUCGCGACUCCCACCGGCUCGACAGCUUACAGCAUGUCAGCAGGAGGGUCCAUGGUGCAUCCCCAGGUGCCCUGCAUGCUCUUCACCCCAAUCUGCCCCCACUCUCUCUCCUUCCGACCCCUGGUGCUGCCCGACUCGGGCGUACUCCGCAUCAAGGUCCCCGACGACAGCCGCGCAGCCGCAUGGGUAAGCCAACCAACGUCACAAGACGACGCGACACAACGCUCAGCACACAGUGCGUGUCUGUCGGUCGGUCGGUCGGUCGGUCUCUCCUUCGUGAGUGUAGGUGGCGGUUGACGGGCGAUCCCGCAUGGAGAUUCAGAAGGGUGAGUCAGUCAUCAUCACCAUGUCGGCCUUCCCCUACCCCAUGGUCCUCCGCGACGACGUCCAGCGCGACCACUGGAUCGAGUCGCUCAAGAAGGGCCUCAACUGGAACCAGCGAAUACGCCAGCAGGCCUUUCCCAUCGACGGGCCAGCGUCCGCCACCACACACACGCCCACCCCAUCACUCGGCCCCGAGCACAAGAAUCUCCACAUACAGAAGGGCGGCAGAGGCGAGGCAGGCCGCCCACACCGGAGCAACCCCUCCCACAGCCCGCGAUCGUCACCUCCGCAGUCGCCCACACAGGCUGCCGACGCGGCUAUCGGCAGCGGUGGGCCCAACGCUGAGUCGACCGCACCGCUCGUCGACGGCUCACCGAAGCAGCUGCGGCCGUGCAUCGACCGGAAGCACUCGAGAAGCCGCACCACCACCACCCUCCCCCAGACCCACCACAGCGUCUUCUUCCCCUGCACGUCGGUCAAGGGCCGAGGGAUGAGCGAGGAGACGAUCCCUCCCAGGUCGCUGAGUGCGAUCGACGGCAUCAAGCCCCCGCCAUGUGACGCUUGGCAUCACACCGAGCGGCCGUCUGACGAGGGCAGCACCGGUGCUGCUGUCCUCAACGGCAGCGUGCGUGGAGGAGGGGAGCACAAGGCUGCUGGAGGGGACGACCAGAGCCGUCUGGUUCCCCCCGAGCUCACCGCUGUACAAAGCGCCCCGUGCACCCCCAACAUAGCCUUCACCGACUCCCCGGUCAUCUCAGCCCUUCAGCGAUCUGACAUCAAGCCAGACGCCCAGCCAUCUGGAGACAAGAUGCCCCCUCUGAAUCUGGACGCCUCCCUGUGUCAGUUCGCCCCUCCCGGCCCACUGCCGAGUGUCCGUGAGGUGUCGGCGUCAAAGGAAUGUCCCAGCAACGGUCGGAGCGACAAGGGCGGCAGCGAGGGGUCAACAGCCACGGGUGGCGCGACGGACGCCUGCCUGUCCCCGCCCCAGUCGGUUGAGGAGGGUACACCCAUGGCCUCCCCUAUGGACAAGAAGACCGUCGACAGGUCGAUGCGGCCGCCAUAUGGAAAGAGUCCGAGCAAGGGAAGUCCGCUCAGCAGCGGGGAGGGCAGGGCGGCGCGGUUCGGGUCGAUCGAGGAGAGAAACGAAGAGAGCCUCAGCCACCUUACCAACAUCGAGGUACACAGACACUGCACAAGACAAAAGAGAUUUCACGUGUCACUCAUACAUUGUAUGUGUUGGGUGUGCCUGUUGUGUGUCCAGGUAGCUCGUAGCCCGCCCAAGCACCGCGGCAGCAUCGCCGGACUCACGCUGCCUUCCGCCGUCUCCCAGGGGGCUGGCACUACCACCACCACACAGCCCUCCAAGGGGGCCACUGCGCCAGCCGGGCCACACACAGGGGGCCAAAGGGUCUCCCUGUCGUCGAGUGCCGGGGCCAACAGCGCGCCACCGACAGCAGCAGCAGCCAUCCACCAUGUGCGGUCGAUCUCUUACGUGCACUCUGCGGCGGGGAGCAGCCACCGCGCGUCCAGUGAGGCCAGGAGUCCUCAUUCGGAAGAGAGGAGCGCACCAGGGCCUGGCGACAACAGAUCGACGUCCGUCUUUGUUAUGCCGCAGCCCGAGACACAAACAAUGGUCAGUGAGGAGGGAGGGAGGACAAAACAAAGCAGCGGGACAAUCACCCUGCCUGUGGCCGGCUGGUGUGUGUGUGUAUGUGUGUGUGUCAGAUUCAACUGAUGCCUCGCGCUUUGGUGUCUGGCACGCCGAGCCACUUGCUGCGCAACGUCGACGUGUGCAUCCGCAAGAAGGGGGACGGCGGCAAGACAGACAACACCGCUGCUGAGCAGCAGCAGACAGACAGCAGCAGCAAUGGGGCGGAGAAGGUGGAUAAAUGAUCAAUGAUGGGUCGGUGGGCGGGUCAGCAGUCAGUGAGGCAGGCAUGCAAGGUGGGUGAAUCGGCCUCAACGAGGCGGUGUGUGAGUAAGGAGGCGACAUGCUUGUGCCUGUGUGGCCGGCGUGUGUGUACAGAGCGUGAAUGAGAUGAGUGUGGGCAGAGACCAUCUCGUUGGCGUGGGUGAGUGCCUUUUUUCCGUUUCUACCCUAUGUGCGGGUGAGUGGGUGAGGGUGUGAGGUGGGAGGCAGUGAUGUGAGUGCGGCGGGUGAUGGAUUGAUGUGAAUUAUCGGUGUCUUUCUCGUGCCGAUGGCCGUCAGCGAGAUACGUCAUGACAAAUUCCCGAUCAUGCAUAUUUGUCGUGUCAAGUUACACUGAAAGAGCAAAACACACUGCGGUGCGACCUUGUCGUGGCGGCAUGCAGCGGAGUACACGACAAGGCGAGCAAUCUCAUCGCGUGUCU